AUGUCUGCUGUUCCAAAUACUUGGCACAACACAAUUGCAUCUCAGCAAGUGAUCUUAAAUGCGGCUAGUAAUUCCUGGGUCAAUGUAAUUCAAGAGAUGUAUCGUGAGUCGCUCGACGCAGCGACUAGCGAAUCAUGUCAGGCUCAAUCCUCUGAGGAACUCUCCAGCGAUGACAAGCCAGAAGUGCAUGAAAUCAUUUUCUCCAGUCAGGGUGAGAUAGUUUCAGAAACAACAGAGGAUGUACAAGCACAUUCCCAUACUUACUAUGAUAACUUUGAGCAGGAAUUGAUGCAAGGUAUUUUGGCAGCAUCUGUGGUGGAAGCCUUGGAAUCUCAUGUGGAGUGCAAUGGUCCAUCGAGUGUGGUGAGAACGUGA